UAGUCCAAAAAGAAGUUGAGAAUUUCUUCUUCGAUGAAUAAUUCUACAUAUCAAUUAGGUCAUGAUUUGUUCAACAACUAUGUACCCAAAAAUGUACAAAAUGGCAACAAUAUUGUUGUUCAAAGAAGGAUGUCUCAUCUAGAGUUGGCUAUUUUACCACAACUCGGGCAUGAUGAUACAAAGGUUCCUAUUUCACAAAGGGACAAGUCUGAAUCAGCACAGUUAACUAUAUUCUAUGCUGGAACUGUACAUGUUUAUGACAAUAUUCAUGUUCAAAAGGCAGAGUCAAUUAUGAAUUUGACACCUGAAAGCUGUUCACAGUUAAUAUCUGCUUCUAUUAAUGCAAAGGAAAUUAAACCAACUCAGAAAUCCCAAGUUCCACCUGUCUACAAGUUUCAAGAAGACUUGCCAAUUGCAAGAAGGAAAUCCCUCAAGAGAUUCUUCGAUAAACGCCAUAACAGGAUUAUUAGUAAACAUCCUUAUGCCUCUCCUGAAUGUGAUGAUCAGAGUGGAAAUGAUAAUUUGAAGGGGGAAAAAAAGUUGUUUCCUAGCUCUAUGUGAAACAAAUUAAACAAGGGCUAGGUUUUAUUGAUGUCCACAAGGGUAAAAUUGUGUUUCUCCUUGAACGUAUUUUACUCUCUAAUUUAAACUUUAAGAAUUAUGCGAAUUCAAACUACUGAAAUAUCUUAA